GCUACGUCCUGCGGCGGAACGCGGCAACAUGUUCCUCUGUUUCGACUUGACAGCUACCCUAGACUGACGGCGUUUCAUGAAGUUUUUUCUGGACUUUGCCGUCCAAAUCGUCAAAUAUAGAGCGGCUCACUGUCCUCCCGAAGUUUGCCGAGCCGGAACUGAAAUGUGUAAACGGCUUGGGACUAAAGUGCUGCAUUUGGCCCUGGCAAACUGUGACGGGCCGUUUGCUUCACAGGAGGCUCGUAUCGAUGUUGCUGACAUCCUGAGCUGCACAGUGAAGGCCUUGCAGGAUGGCCAUGUGGUUGCUGUGCCCACCGACACCAUCUACGGCCUGGCGUGUCUGGCCCAGAACUCGGGCGCCGUCCGCAAGAUCUACGACAUUAAGGGGCGCAAUGAGCAGAAGCCUCUGGCCAUUUGUGUUGGAGAAAUCCACGAUAUAUACAGGUACUGUAAGGUGGAGGUGAAAGAGGAGCUCCUCAGUGACCUUCUGCCUGGCCCGGUCACGCUGGUGCUCGAACGGUCUGAAAUACUUAACAAAGAGCUCAACCCAUUCACGUCGCUCGUAGGCAUCCGUAUUCCAGACUGCGGCUUCAUGCGUCGUCUUUGUCAGAUGUGUGGCGAGCCUCUGGCGCUGACCAGUGCCAAUGUCAGCGCACAAAACAGCACUGUGGCCGUCCAUGAAUUUCAGGAUCUUUGGCCCAAACUAGCCGUGGUGGUGGACGGAGGACCAAUAGAAGACCAAAGUCGCCUUGGAUCCACCGUGGUAGACCUAUCAGCGCAUGGCAGGUACCGCAUCAUCAGAGCCGGCUGUGCCUUUUCCUCAACGGUGGACGUGCUGGAAGGCAAAUAUGGACUCAAGUCAGAGAAUCUGGGAUGAUUCCGAAGUCGAGACACUCGGACUGGAACGCACAACCAAGCUUUUUCUUGGGAGAUUUAUUACAACUUUUAUUUUAAAGCCAGAAGAGAACAUGGAGAAUAUAUUCUGGACUUACUGGCUGUCAUAUUUUUAUAAUCGCAUGUGUGUGUUUUAUGUUUUUUCCAUUAUUUUAGUCAGUUAUCAUGGGAUCACGUGGUACUUUACCAUUUUGUGUCCAAUCCAAACAUUUCUGUCACUUAUUGAUACCACCAGUGUGAAAGAUGAUGUGAGGGAUUUAGAUUUUUAUUAUAUAACCAUAAAAAAUAAUCAAGGGGACCUUGAUUGAAUGGAUUUAUUCUGCAUGCCUGCAAACAACCUGUUACUCAUGUACAAUAAAAGCUGAUAUUCAUUUUAA